UCAGGGAGGGUAUAAAAGAGCGCCCUGUAGCACCUCAGGGCGCAGUUUCGUCGUCUUCGAGGAAGAGAAAGGAAGGCAGAAAUAGAGAGAAGCGAUAGGCAAGAGCGGAGCAGCAAUGUCAGGUCGCGGGAAGACGGGCGGUAAGGCGCGGGCCAAGGCCAAGUCGCGCUCCUCAAGGGCCGGUCUCCAGUUCCCCGUGGGGCGCGUCCACCGCCUCUUGCGCAAGGGCAACUACGCUGAGCGCGUCGGCUCCGGGGCGCCUGUUUACCUAGCCGCCGUUCUUGAGUACCUCAGCGCAGAGAUCCUCGAGCUGGCCGGGAACGCCGCCCGCGACAACAAGAAGAGCCGCAUCAUCCCCAGGCACCUCCAGCUCGCCAUCCGCAACGACGAGGAGCUCAACAAGCUGCUCGGCGGCGUCACCAUCGCCCAGGGCGGCGUCUUGCCCAACAUCCACGCCGUCCUGCUCCCCAAGAAGACCGAGCCCCCCGCCCACUCCUCGGCCUCCGCCCCCACCACCAAGCCCCGCGGAGCACCAGCGGCGGGAGGGAGCGGCGCCAAGGGACCUGCCGCCGGCAAGGGGCCCAAGCCCGGCCUCAAGCCCCAGGCAGCGUCCCUCGCCGUCUAGUUAGGGAAGGAAGGAAGGACCAAGAUGUUAAACAGACCCAAAGGCUCUUUUCAGAGCCACCGCAACAGCCCCAAGGGAGAGCUGAGGAACACUUCUCCCUUGCAUCUCCAGCCAUACCGAGAGGGAAAGUGCUCCACAUUCAAAGUACAGGGCUCUUCCUUAGAAAUAGCUGCUGGCCCCAAUACUUCAGGAAAAAGCACAUGAUAAGCCAGAACGACAUGCAAGUGCAGGCAUGGGCAAACUUGGGCCCUUUAGUCAUUUUGGACUUCAACUCCCACAAUUCCUAAGUACUGGCUGUUAGGUAUGGUGAGAGUUGAAAUCCAAAAUAAAGUGCCCAAGUUUGUCCCAUGUUUGCUACUUAACAGCUAGAACAUUUGGAAAUGCGUUGUUAAAGGCCUUCAUGUCCAGAAUCACCGAGUUGGCAGUGAAUUUUUCCAGGCUAUAUAGCAAUGUUCCAGAAGCAUUUUCUCAUGACGU